CAUUUCAGAUUCUGUUUCAGCGUAAAAGUAAGAUUCACAGGACUCUUCUAAGAUGUCUUACAGAAAGGAGCUAGAAAAAUAUCGAGACCUGGAUGAAGACAAGAUCCUUGGAGCUCUGACAGAGGAGGAGCUCAGGAAGUUGGAAAAUGAACUGGAAGAGCUGGAUCCUGAUAAUGCGCUGCUGCCGGCAGGCCUCCGACAGAGGGACCAGACCCAAAAGCCACCAACUGGCCCAUUCAAAAGGGAGGAACUCAUGGCCCACCUAGAAAAGCAGGCAAAAGAUGUUAAAGACAGAGAAGACCUGGUUCCUUUCACAGGAGAAAAGAGAGGAAAAGCUUGGAUCCCCAAGCAGAAGCCAAUGGAUCCUGUUUUGGAAAGUGUGACGCUGGAGCCGGAACUGGAGGAAGCCCUUGCCAAUGCCUCUGAUGCAGAGCUCUGUGACAUUGCUGCCAUCCUUGGCAUGCACACCUUGAUGAGUAACCAGCAGUACUAUGAGGCACUAGGGAGCAGCACAAUAGUGAACAAAGAAGGGCUCAACAGUGUGAUUAAGCCCACACAGUACAAACCAGUUCCUGAUGAAGAACCGAACUCAACAGAUGUGGAAGAGACUCUGAAACGAAUACAAAGCAAUGACCCUGACCUUGAGGAAGUCAACCUUAAUAAUAUUAGGAAUAUUCCCAUCCCAACUUUAAAAGCCUGUGCCGAAGCACUGAAGAAUAACACCUAUGUAAAGAAGUUCAGUAUAGUUGGAACAAGGAGCAACGAUCCGGUUGCUUUUGCACUGGCAGAAAUGCUGAAGGUCAAUAACACCUUGAAGAGCCUGAACGUGGAGUCAAACUUCAUUUCUGGAUCAGGGAUAUUGGCUGUUGUUGAAGCACUCCAGUAUAACACAUCACUCAUAGAGCUUCGAAUCGACAACCAGAGCCAGCCUCUGGGCAACAAAGUAGAAAUGGAAAUCGCAAAUAUGCUGGAAAAAAACACCUCCCUGCUGAAGUUCGGUUACCAUUUCACUCAGCAAGGCCCCCGGCUGCGUGCAUCUAAUGCCAUGAUGAACAACAAUGACCUAGCUCGCAUUCAUCGAUGUGAUGGUCUCUGGCAAUAGCUUCUCAGCUCUACACCUGGACAAUUGAGGAAGAGAAGACUUGCAGAGCUGAACGGGCCUAUUUUUCCCAAGUGCAGAACUGGAGUGUAGCUCCUGGCUACGGAGGUCGUUCCCGGUGAUCUGUGCUACACUGUGGAAAUCUAAAGGCAACAAGUGCCUUGACAGAGUAUUCGUGGUGACUCGGUUCUGUGUUUUGCACUAACAGUUUAAAUUAACUAGUGGCUGUAGUUGAAGAUUUUAUCCAGUAGGACUAUUGUUGUUUUCUGUAGAGCUGGAAACUAUUCAAGCCAGUAACAACCUGCCAAUUUUAAGCAAUCUUGGGUUAGCGUACAUCCCAGUGUAAACGUGAUUAUUAAUUAACCUAGGACCUAAUUUUUCUAUAAACUUCCUGCACGGUGUUUCAUAUAGUUAGGAUGUGGUAUGCAUGAGUGAAAAAUACUAGUUCCACACAAAUUAUAGAAGUAUUAAAAAAAUACUUUAUUUUUUUUUUCAAAUCGAUCUCAAGUAACUAGAGAGAAGCAACUAGUUUAACAAGUACUUCUACUAUCCUGAAAUAUAGUAAAUGUAAGGAGUUGUGAAUUACAAUUUUUAUUAACUUUUGCUAAGUCAGUUAGUUGGAGAUGCUGUUUCAAAUGCAUCCUUGUUUCUUAAAAAAAAAGAUGGAUUUUUUCUCCCCACACAAAUUAAAAGGAACAUAAGGCCACCAAUUACAAUAUAAUGGAUUCUCAAAAACCGAGCACUGUAGGAUGGAUUAAUAUCCUCUUAUCCUAUGCAUGUCUGAGUAAAACCUCCCCCAUUAGAGACACAGAGAUGUGUCUCUAACGCCACAGAGAUGGCCAAACUAAUCAGCAGUCCCAGGGUCCUCUCUUCGAACUCCCACUGCCUUCAAUUUUGUAAUGUUAUAAAUGUGAUCAGAGCCUUACCAGUCAUAUGUUAACUCCUCACUCUUCACUGUUCUGACUAAUGACCCUGCCUAAUGACCUAAUUAAACGUGGUUCUACUAGCGAUUGUUUCUCCUGCUACCAUCCCUCACAUCUGCAUAAAUGCAGCACUAAACAGCAUGCCAUAGCAAAGGUGUUGCUUGAAAUAAUCUGACUCUGAACUUCUGCUGCACACAGUCGGACAGUUUCUGUUAGCAAGUCUACUACCCAUCAUCUAGCCUGGGAGGAAUUCCCCAUAGGUUUAUGUAGCUCUCAGACACGCAGUGGAAGGGACCCAGGACUAUCCCAUCCAAAACUCCUGCUGUUGACUUGGAUGGGAUCCUGCUUGAUAGGAAGGGUCUCCCUGGCAGAAGUGCUCUCAUACCAAAGCCUUACUCUUGCUCUGAUGACAUGUUCUAGCAGAUGUUCUCACUUACUAGCAAUCUGUCUGCACACAUCUGUUAAGAGUGUUCAGCAGCCUUUACACAUAUUCCUGCAAAAGUCCCACAGAUUUCAACAGAGCCUCUGCACAAAUACCACAGAGGAUUUGGUUCUGACCAAUGACAUUACACUGGCAACAACGUGGGAGACAUAUUUGGUACUCUUUAAAUCUUAAUAAACGUGUCAGCAGUGUCAAAUAAAAAGCUUCCCUACAGCUUCCUUUUUUUACUCCGUAAGUUCCGUUUCAGAAGAUGAAGCGUACAGAAGAAAAGGGCAUGCUUAUACGAAAAACAAACUGGCUGUCAAAUAGCUCCUUCCUACCAUAUGCACUGCAAGGACAUUAAACAGUCAAGUAAAGCAUCAAACCAGAGCCACACAGUUUCAGCUAAGCCUUACACUCAGAUUCGCAUGGUACAAGCUCAGCUCUCCCACAGGCUUAAAAAGAACAUUAGAAAAAAGCAUCUUAUGGCUGGGAAAUCCUGAUGGCAGUAAUAAAGUCAGACAUGCAAGGAGAUGCAACCACCUGACAGGGAGCACUGCUAUAGAUCUGACAGCACCGUUUUGUCUUGAAAGGAAAUAAAAUAGCCCUUAAAAACAGAUCCCCAAAUUGCUGUAUCAGCAUCCAAACUAACUAUGUGGUCCAAAGGUACAUUGGGACUGCACAGUUAAUGGGAUCACUCCCGGGUCCUCAGCUGAUCCUCACAGAGCUGCAAGUGAGAGAACGCAACUGAACUGAGAGUUGCGUAGCAGCAAUGAGGCCACGCUGAGAGGCAUGAGGCUUUGUGAUGCAAGGCAUCAAGCUGUGCAGCUGCGAAGCUACAGAACAGUGACGGAUAGAACAAAUGGAUUCCUGUUUCAUUCAAACAGCUCUUCAGGAAAAGGGGAAGAAGCCGUUUGGCAGCAGCAGCCUCUGGCAGUCACAGCCAGUCCUGCUUAACUCCUGCCUCUCCUGCAGCAAUGCCAUACAGCACUAACGUGCCUUCUCUAAGGUAUUACAACAGACCGAGGUGCCUGGGUCUCAGCACACUUAUUUCACAUUUUGCACUUAUUUGUAUUAAUUUGACAAAAGUAAGCCAGAGGCCAGGAUACAUGGCUCAUAGCUGACAUGCAAGAGUCUAAUGCUAUAUCUCAUUCCUCCCCUCCUGUCUCUGCAGCAGUGGGAACCUGGCUGUCUGGGUCUCCAUCCAUUCAUCUCAAACCUUUCCAACAGGUCCUAAGGCUCGUUUCUGCCUUUGAGUUCUGCCUUUGAGGUAGACUGGCCACGUGCCAGGAGCUCUCAGUAGAACUGUUACCUUGUAACCGUGUCUACCAUGUGACAGGCAGUUAGCUAGGUUCCAGCAUUUACUUCUGUGGAAUUAAGGGCCUCUGACAUACAAGUGAAGAGUAUUUGUGCAGUACUUCAAAAAUUAUGAUGGAAGCACCAGAAGUUAUUUAUCAUGUUAGUAACUGCAGAACCUUACAUAUAAAAUUUAGUCUACCUUCUUGCCAUUCUGUACUAAGAAAUGAUAUGAAAGCAGCCUUCCAAUGGAUUACAGACUUCCUGAUAAAUUAUAAAAUGGUGGGCUUUUUAGCCUAAUACCCCAGAAAAAGAUGCAGCACAAUACACAAGUUGGGGCACUUUCAUCAGUGUUCUAGGCCAGGCCUGCAAGGGGAGCUUGCAUGGUCUACCACAAAUAUUCCAGUUCUCAAAAGCACAUAGGUAAGCUGGCUAGCAGAGCCUGGGAGGUAAGGUGCCAGGGGAGUCUGGAUCCUGCCAGG